AUGACGGUCGUCAAGAACCCAGAAGCGGGCGUGAGCUCAUCUGCCCCUCCCCCGCCCCCGCGACGACCCAGCGAUUUGAACCUCGAUAAAACGGACAGCCAAGAAGUUCCCGAUGCCCUCGUUUCUGACGGAUUCAGCUUGCCUUCGUUGGAUGCCGAGACCGAGGCCCCGCCGGCCUAUGGCGAUCUUCCCGACCAGCUGCAGUUCAACCAGGCGGGCUUCGAAGCUGGCGCCAAUGUAACAGGGGAUGGCCGAGUCAACAUCAAAAUCAAUCAGAGCGGCAACCGCCUGGCCGAGAUCCUCGCCCCGACGCUACGAAACCAGCUUCUCGCCGAUAAGCGACCCCAGGCGCCCCUGCCUCCCGCCUAUAUCCCACCGAGCCUCGGAGGCCAGCCGGGCCAGACUCCUCCCCCGCAGCUCAACGUUGUCAUACAGAUUGUCGGCUCACGAGGCGACGUCCAGCCUUUCGUCGCCCUCGGCAAGGUGCUAAAAGAUACCUACGGUCACCGUGUGCGGGUAGCCACUCACGCGACAUUCCAAAAGUUUGUCGAGGAGAACGGGCUCGAGUUCUUUUGCAUCGGCGGUGACCCCGCUGAGCUCAUGGCCUUUAUGGUGAAGAACCCCGGUCUGAUGCCCGGUUUCGACACGCUCAAAAGCGGAGAGGUCAGCAAGCGCCGCAGGGGCAUUCAGGAUAUUCUUCUGGGGUGUUGGCGAUCGUGUAUCGAGGCGGGCAACGGGUUGGGGCCGCCGCCGAAACCGCAUGCCAAGGAUGAACCGCUGGACGAGCACUAUGGAAUACCAGGGGAUCCGACGCAGAAGCCCUUUGUGGCCGACGCCAUCAUUGCAAACCCGCCGAGUUUUGCGCAUAUCCACAUCGCGGAGAAGAUGGGAAUCCCGCUGCAUCUCAUGUUCACCAUGCCGUGGACGCCCACUCGCGCCUUCCCUCACCCGCUGGCCAAUAUUCAGUCGACAAACACCGACACGGUGAUGACCAACUAUGUUUCUUACGCGUUGGUUGAGAUGAUGACUUGGCAAGGUCUGGGCGACGUCAUUAAUCGGUUUAGAGAUAAAGCGCUCGAUCUGGAGCCCAUGUCGCUCAUUUGGGCCCCGGGCGUUUUGACGAGACUGAGGAUCCCUUAUACCUACUGCUGGUCUCCGGCACUGAUUCCCAAACCGAAUGACUGGGGCCGCGAGAUCGAUAUCUCGGGGUUCUACUUUUUGAACCUGGCCUCGGCGUUCACUCCAGAACCUGAUCUGGCUGCGUUCUUGGCUGCUGGGCCUCCUCCGGUCUACAUUGGGUUUGGCUCCAUUGUGGUUGAUGACCCUAACGCCCUAACCAGGAUGAUCUUCGAAGCUGUAAAUCUCACAGGUGUACGCGCGCUGGUCUCCAAGGGCUGGGGCGGCCUCGGCGCUGAAGAUGUUGGACUCCCGGAAGGGGUUUUCAUGCUGGGCAAUGUCCCUCACGACUGGUUGUUCAAGCACGUGUCGGCCGUCUGCCAUCACGGUGGCGCCGGUACGACUGCCGCAGGUAUCCAGGCUGGCAAGCCUACCAUCAUUGUGCCGUUCUUUGGUGACCAGCCAUUCUGGGGAGCCAUGGUUUCGAGAGCCGGUGCUGGCCCAGAUCCCAUUCCCUACAAGGAGCUCACGGGAGACAAGCUCGGCGAAGCGAUCCAAUUUGCCAUCAAGCCCGAAACUCAAGCUAGAGCUCAAGAGCUUGGCCACAAGAUUCGUGAAGAAAAAGGAACCGAUUUGGGCGGUAAGAGCUUCCACGAUCACUUGGACACCGACGAAUUGAGGUGCUCUAUUGAGCCUAGCCGGGCGGCUGCUUGGCGCGUAAGGAGGACGAAGGUUCGUUUGAGCCCUAUGGCUGCCGCGGUCUUGGUAGAAAGGGGCCUCAUCAAGUAUUCUGACCUCAAGCUCUAUCGGCCCAAGGAAUACAUCACGGAAGGCCAGCCAUGGGACCCUAUUUCUGCGGUCUCGACGUCGCUCGUCGCAGAUAUUAGCAGUAUCGGUAUGGCUGUGGCUGAUUUCCCCCGAGAGCUGUUCAAGAGCCGGAGCAAAGGAGACAAGACACCUGAGUCCACCACACCUGCUUUGACGGAAGCUUCUUCAAGUAAGCAGUCUCUUCACCAGAGUGACAAGGCAUCGGCGGUGGCCCCAAGCACGCACGCCUCGGAGUCUUCGACGCAACUAGGCGUCAUGGAAACGGAGAGUUCUACCCCGACCUUGCCGCAAUCUCCACAACUGGAUUCGGCAUCGUUGACGCAGUCGCACAAGACUUCCACUGCUCCUUCGAUGGUUUUCAGCCCCGCCGACGGCGCUUCGAUCGCUCGCAGCGAAACUACGCCCUCUGAGCAUGCGUCAACGACGCAAUCAGUCAGGCCACCCAACAGUCCGGGGAAGAGGUCUUUCAAAGAAUCGAUUCCUGCAAAUGUGGGCGUCGAUGCCGCCGUGGCAGCUGGAACGAGUGUCAGUCGCAUCGUUACUACGGGUGUGAAGACGCCGAUGAAUGUAUGUCUCGGCUUAGCAAGAGGCUUCCGAAAUGCCCCUCGACUGUACAACGAUGACACCGUCCGGCCGCCCGAGAAGGUGACGGACUUGGCCAGCGGUAUCAGGAUCGCCGCAAAGGAAUUUGGCUACGGCAUGUUUGACGGCAUUGGCGGACUUGUCACUCAGCCGCUGAAGGGUGCUGAAAAGGAAGGUGGGAUCGGUCUCAUCAAGGGCUUCGGCAAGGGCAUUGGCGGCUUGAUCCUCAAGCCCGCAUCCGCUGUGUGGUCCGUCCCCGCGUACACCAUGCAAGGUGUCCAUGCCACUCUCCGGAACGCUUUUUCGAGUAGCGUCCAGAACUACAUCAUUGCGUCUCGCAUGAGGCAGGGGAGAAUGGACCUGGAGAGUGCCAGCGUCGCGGAACGCGAAGACGUCGUUGCGCGGUGGAACAAUGUCAAAUUUGACCUGAAGAAUUUCCAGGCCAUGAAGCUGAAGGAACAGCGAGAGAAGCAGAGGGCUGAAGGCGAAGCUCCCUACGGACAACCUGAAAAGAGUCUCACGCCUCCGGUGACGGGCUGGGCUCACACGAGAAAACUGUCGUUUGAGGAAAGGAAACAGCUCCAUGCUCGGAAAGAAGCGUGGAAGAAGGGUCACGUUGAGGCCAUCGUCCCUGCCUCGAGGUCUGAUCUAUCGCUCCCGGAAUCUGGCUCAAUGAGCGCCGCCGAGGACGAAGAGUUUGAGCGCGCCAUCCGUGUAUCUGUUGCCCAGACUUCGCGUGGCAACCCCGAAGAAGAUGCUGCGGUUGAGCAGGCCAUCAGGGCAAGUGUCAACCACUUCCGCAGCAGCGGCUCUGGUGUUCCGGACGUACGGGCUGAGAAGGCCGUAUCCUAUGACAGAGACGCAAAGAACCAGGACCAGGACCCUUUUACGAGUGCGGAUCUGGAGAUCACGGACGAGGAGUAUCAGCGGCUCAUCGAGCAGGCCAUCCAGCAGAGCAUGUCUCUGCAAGCUGCGGGAGUGCAACCGGGCAAAGGAUCGCAUGGGGACGACGAAGAGUUCCAGCGUGCUCUCGAGCAGUCCAAGAUUGCCCAGCAGCACUCUGCACACGAAGAUGACGAGGAGUUGCAGCGGAUCCUGGAAGAGUCGAAGCGGCAGCAUGCGGAGGGACAUACAAACGAGGAGGAAGAAUUGCGCAAGGCAAUUGCAGCCUCGGAGGCAGCGCACAGGGAGCAGCAGAACAAGGACGCGGCGGCGCGGACGGAGGAGGAUGUUGUGAUGGAGUACGUCAAGAAGCAGAGUCUUGCUGAGGAGGAGUUCCGGCGGAACGCGUCCAAGGGCAAGGGGCGGGGCGCGGCGGCGGACGACGAUGAUGACGACGACGAGGAGCUUAGGAGGGCGAUGGAGGAAAGCUUGAAGAUGAGCGGGCGGCCGGGAGGGUCGAGCUCUUUUCAAUAA